AAUUUGCUUACUACUGUACCUCAUCAAAGUCAACAACCGCAAAACAUAAAAACCAAAAACAGAUUCUGAGAUUUCUGAAACUCUGAGCGAGUGAGCGUUUCUUUGGUUCUAAGCAGGCGAAUGGUUCGGAGCAGGCUCAACUCGCAAUCUGAGCCAGAGAGCAGCAAUAGUCAUAGUAAUAGUAGUAGCAACGGUCGCAGCAACGCCACUACUACGACGAGUGCGUUGACGGAUACACCAACGACGACAACAAGCAGCAAUGGCAACGGCAAUCACAGUAAUAGCAGCAGUGCUGUGAAGGUGGAGGCGCAAAGCCCAAUAGUGACUGCCUCCGCUACGACUACGACUGCUACAACUACUACAACGACUACUACUACGACUACUGCUACGACUACGACUGCUGGUACUAUCAGCGCUGCAUUGAGCCAUCCGCAAGCUGCGGGAGUCGCUGAGGCUGGGCUGGUCUACAGCAACAACAUGGAUCCAGCAGCACUCCAGCCAGCGACGCCGCCUCCACCACCAGGAUCCAUCCCAGCCGCGUCCACCGCAGUCCUGGCAAGGGCAGGUCUGGUGCCGGCAAAGAUCACGGCGAUUGCGGCGGUGGUCGGCACGCCAGACGCAAACCGGACCAUCUCAGUGUAUGGACGAGCGCCGCCCGUCUUGCUCGUACCAACGGUCAAGGCAGACGCGCGAGUGCUUCGAAGCAAUGUGCGAGAGUUUGCUGAAUCCACGGCUCGGCGAUCUGCCGAGGCUGGUGCACCAGCGGAACAGGCACCAUUGACCGCCGCUGAACCAGCCUCACCCCUGCCAACCCCUCGCUCAAGACACAUCAAGACGACCGAGCAGCCUAUUGCUGCUAUGCAAGCUCAAGAGACACGUCUCAACCACGAGCAUAGCAAUGGGAAAUUGCUCGAGACCAGCACAGCACUUGCUGCUUCGAAUUACAUGUCACACCCUAUUCCGGCUGCCUCCGACACCACCGCGAACAGCAAGGAAUCAUUGCAAAGCAUUCCCAAUCAGCAGCUACAGCCAUCAUCAUCAUCAUCAUCAUCGUUGUCGUCAUCUUCAGCGUCGUCAUCGGCAACGCCGUUGGUAGUGCCACCAAGGACCUCAGCAGAACCACCAGCUGAUGGCGAACCUGCCGCCGCCAAGAAACCUCGGAUGACAAACUCCAAGUGGUGGGGCUUGGACCCAACGCUCACUCCAGAGCAGGCCAACGAGCCGCGCCGACUGCGAGACCGCUCAACAAUCUCGCAGCCGAGCCAUCUGAGGGCCUACGACACGUCUGCUGCGAGCGAAAACGGAAAAGUUGUGCCGCCUUCCAUGUCGCAUAUCCCGACCGAAAUUGUACCCACCGACAACAACAACAACAACAACAACAACAACAGCGACCAUUCUCACCCCCUUCCUGACGAACCUGGACAAAGUGAAGGAUCCGAUGAAGACGAUUCUGAAUCAGAGGAGGACGUUCGACCGUUCCGAAGGCUCGAGUUUGCAGCGCUCGGAUCUGCACAUCUGCCCGAUUUCUUUUUGCAACCGCGUCCAUACGGAUUUCUUGAUGAAUUGAAGGUCGAAACGCGGAUCGAUGAGCCUGAGAUUGCAAUUCCAACAUGGCGCAGACUGGCUUCUGAGCCCACUGGUCGAAAGGCCGCUGGUACUUCCAGCAAAAGCUUCCCAGAGCUCAGCGCGCUUCUCCAGUCAGAAGACGCGAGUGACGAGGAUAUGAGCGAUGCAGCCUUUGACAACCGCCACCACAAGGCAGAGUUCCAAGAAAAGAGGGGCAAGCGGUGGGAGCGCGAAAGGGCGGCCAAGCAAAAGUUGGUCCAGCGCCACGCUUCCCAGUUCCACUUGAAUCUUCUGGAUAACUCUGUAUUUGCCAGCACACUGAAGCAUGUUGCCCCCAAACGCAACGUGGACUCUUCGCGCGUGCACGUACACAAUGGUCAUGAAGUUGCUGUCGUCAAGGCCGGUGGUGCGGGUUUUUCUCGAUCAGCAGUGCCACCACUCUUGGACGACAGCCGUGUUGAUUCCGCUCCAGCAACGCCACCACUCAGCGCACCCUCUCCUGCUGCACCAACACCCCACGCACCUACACCGCAGGCGAUAGCCCCAGCACCGCGACCGACCUCACCUCCACCAGCACUGCCGUGCGGCUGCUCCUUUAGCUUCUUCCCACCCCUGGCAGACAUUACGUAUAUCGACAUUACCGAUGACCUUCCCCUGGUGGCUUUUGGCUGUCCAUUGCCGCAAAUGGACAAGUCCCGAGCCUUUUCACUUCCAGACAAGGACACAAUGGCCUCGCUUGCUUCAGUUGAGCCAGGUUCCGCUAGCCCUAACAAUGAUGAUGCCGACGACAAUACACUGGCAAGUCCAGCUUCUGCUGCUAUCCGUUUAGCACCAGCCCAGGCUGCCAGCAAUUCGCUUCCACUCAAACGCCGUCAUUUGGAAGUUUCUUCCAGUGUACCACCAUCCUCCUCAUCCCGACCGCUCAGGAGCAGUAGCAGACUUCGCAGCAGCAAUUCAAGCUCAAUGGAAACCGACGCAGGAUCAGGGUUGCAAUCUCUCGACACUCCAUCCGCUGAAUCCGCUGCCACAACACCCACCGUCCCGUCUGCCAAUGACGAUACUGGUGUCCAGACUCGCAAGCGCCUGCGACUUGCACCGCAAUAGCCCUCCUGCCCAGGAUCCUUUUUGUUAUUCAGCCAUUCAAGUUUGUUGUAAUACGAUUUCUAACAAUGUUCAUUUUCAAUUCUGCCAG